CUGUGGGAGGAAGCCGGAGUACCCGGAGAAAACCCACGCAUGCACAGGGAGAACAUGCAAACUCCAUGCAGAAAGAUCCCGGGAAAGCUGGGACGUGAACCAGGGAUCUUCUAGCUGCAAGCCCCAGAGGAAGCUGAUAAACUCGGAGGACUCCUGUGUGGAUGAAGCUCUCUGGGGUCUGGUUCGGGCCACCGGGGGCCUCAGUCUGCUGAGGGGCCACAGAGUCGUGGUUCGCUCAGACCUCCAGAGCCUGAAGGGGAAGGUGGCCCUACUGUCUGGAGGAGGGUCGGGACACGAGCCGGCACACGGAGGUUACAUCGGUGCUGGGAUGCUGUCAGCAGCUGUAGCAGGAGGAGUGUUUGCGUCGCCGCCUCCUACCAGCAUCCUGGCAGCCAUCCUGUCUCUACACAACGCAGGAGCCUCUGGGAUCCUUCUGAUUGUGAAGAACUACACCGGCGACCGACUCAACUUUGGCUUGGCUGCAGAACAGGCUCGUAACCAUGGCGUCGCUGUCGACAUGGUGAUAGUCGCCGAGGACUGCGCCUUCGACCGACCCAGUAAAGCCGGAAGACGAGGCCUGUGUGGAACCGUCUUCAUCCACAAGCUGGCAGGCGCUCUGGCAGAAGAAGGCUGCUCAUUGGACCAGAUUGUUUCCAAGGUGACGGAGGUUUUGAAGGGGAUUGGGACUCUGGGGGUCAGUUUGUCUCCCUGCAGCGUUCCAGGAUGUCUGCCUUCAUUCGAGCUGCCGCCUGGAGACAUGGAGCUGGGACUGGGGAUCCACGGUGAACCUGGGAUCAGGAGGUCAAAGGUAUCUUCUGCAGAUGAAGUGGUGAGGACCAUGAUCGAGCACAUGACCAACCCCAACAGCCAAUCACAUCUGCCGCUGCAGUCAGGAGACACCGUGGUUCUGUGUGUGAACAACCUGGGAGCUCUGUCCUGUCUGGAGAUGUCUGUGGUCACCAGAGCCACCAUCAGCUGUCUGGAGGCCCGUGGCGUGGUGGUUGCCAGGACGAUGACUGGUUCGUUCAUGACAUCACUAGAGAUGGCGGGCGUGUCGCUGACGCUGAUGAAGGCUGACCAGGAAGUACUGACACUGUUUGAUGCUCGGACUAGCGCCCCCGCCUGGCCGAACCUCAGCAGCGUCAGUGUUAGCGGACGAAGCUGUGUCACAGAAGCUCCAGUCAUGAGCUCCAAACCACAGGACGACACCCAGAAUGAAGGCCCGCUGAGUCCUGUGAUGCGUAAAGCCUUAGAGAAGAUUUGUUCCACGCUGUUGGAGAAGCAGGAGGAACUGAACUCUCUGGAUCGUACUGCCGGGGACGGAGAUUGUGGUAACACUCAUGCUCAGGCAGCCAGAGCCAUUCAGGAGUGGCUCCAGGGUCAUGUGGUCCCUGGUUGCCCGGGGCGACUGCUGUCAAUCCUCGCCGGAUUGUUGGAGGAGAAGAUGGGCGGGUCUUCAGGAGCGCUCUACAGUCUGUUCCUGACCGCCGCCGCCGGUCACAUGACCGAGGGGCGGAGCAACACUGCAGCAUGGGCCACCGCAAUGCAUGCUGGGACACAGGCCAUGAGAAGGUAUGGAGGAGCUGAUCCUGGAGACAGAACGAUGUUGGAUGCUUUAUGUCCUGCAGUGGAUGAACUGAUGAAGCUGAAAACGGCGCCCCCUGCUGAACACAUGGCUGUACUGCAGGCUGCUGUUCAGAGAGCAGCCUCAGGGGUGGAGUCGACCCGUGACCUCACAGCGAGGGCGGGCCGAGCCAGCUACAUCGCAGCCGACCGGGUCACCCUGCCGGACCCCGGCGCCGUGGCCGUGGCCGCCAUCUUUACUGCCGUCAUGGAGACGCUGCAGACGGGAAGUUAGACGACAGAACCAGAAGCUCAGGAUCAGUUAGAACACUGGAACUACAAACAACUAACAGUUCUUUAUUUUAGUGGACAGAAAUUAGUAUUUUGGGUAGAAUAAACCUUUAAAACUACAAGUACUUGGAUGGAAAGUAACAUUUUGAGUGGAAUAAGCCAUGAAAACUCUAAAUAUUUGGAUGGAAAGUAGUAUUUUGGAUGGAAUAAAUCUUAAAAAUUACAAAAAUUUGGACAGAAAGUAGUAUUUUGGGUGGAAUAAACCAUUAAAAUUCUAAAUAUGUGGACAGAAAGUAGUAUUUGGGUGAAAUACGCCUUUAAAAUGAUAUGUACUUGUAAAGAAACUGGCAUUUUGAGUGGAAUAAACCAUUAAACUCUAAAUAUUUGGAUGGAAAUUAAUAUUUGGGGAUGGAAUAAACCUUUAAAACUCUAAAUACUUGGACAGAAAGAAGUAUUUUGGAUGGAAAAACCCUUUAAAUUUAUAAAUAAUUGGACAGAAAGUAGUAUUUUGGAUGGAAAAACCCUUUAAAUUUAUAAAUAAUUGGACAGAAAGUAGUAUUUUGGGUGAAAUAAACCUUUAAAACUACAAGUACUUGGACAGAAAGUAGCAUUUUGAGUGGAAUAAACCAUUAAAACUAUCAAUAUUUGGACAGAAAGUAGUAUUUGGGAUGGAUUAAACCUUUAAAACCAUUAAUACUGCUAACAACACAUUCCUAGUAUGAAGGUAGAAAUUUACUUCCUUCAAUAAAGUUCCUGUAGAUGAUCAAACCAGCUGAUUCUGAGGAAGUCAGAUUUAACUGAUUUCCUAUAGAAUGAUUCCAUGUUUAUUUUAAAGGUGAAUACGUUGUGAUUAAAUGCUGCUACUGUAUGUUCUGAAUGACCAUUAAUGACGUUUUGCAGUUUAAUGAUGCUGUAACACACUCUACACCUAUACAAUAAAAACUGUUUAAAGCAA